AUGGAAAAACCAGACGAAGCGAGAUCACGAUGGACCAAAGAAGAAGACCAGAUGCUUAUUGAAUGUAAAAGUAGAAAUCCCGAUCAAUCUUGGGAAAAAAUAGCAAAGCUGGCAGGGCUGAACAGGACUGGUAAGAGUUGUAAGGAGAGGUGGAAGAACCACCUGGGUCCUAAUGUCAAGAGAGAGAAGUUCUCCCAAGAGGAAGACGACUCCAUCAUCUGCUUCCAGUCGCUCUAUGGGAAUAGCUGGGCAAGUAUAGCAGCUCAUCUUCCUGGGCGAACCGAUAAUGAUGUCAAGAACCGCUGGUACAACCAUUUGAAUGAGAAGAAGCUUGGGAGAAGUACCGGGGAUCAGCCACAUACCACACAACUCUUUCAUCUCAACCACAAAAUUGAUCCAAAUGCAAGCUCAAGCUCAAGCUCAAGCUCGAUUCCUACACUGGUUUCAGCCUCACAAGAAAUCGCUAGCCCUUGGUCCACUCCUGAAUUAGCCUCUCUGGAGAGCGAGUUCAUGCCAACUGAAGAAGUUACCAGAUUUUGGUCUGCUUGA